CAAAAAGGAAUACGGCUAGUCAUCCAAUUUCUUCAAAUUACUUUCAUUACGUCCAAAUAAAUAAAACUAAAAAUGACCCAAAUUGAUCCUGAACGUGAAAAAAGUCUUCAAGAGUAUAGGAAAAAAUUAUUAGAACACAAAGAAGUUGAAUCUAGAUUAAAAGAGAUGCGAGAGCAGCUAAAAGAUCUUACAAAACAAUAUGAUAAAUCAGAAAAUGAUCUUAAAGCUUUGCAGAGUAUGGGCCAAAUAGUUGGAGAAGUACUCAAACAACUCACUGAAGAAAAAUUUAUAGUCAAAGCUACCAAUGGUCCCCGUUAUGUGGUAGGAUGUCGUCGUCAACUAGACAAGGCAAAGUUAAAAGCAGGAACUAGAGUAGCAUUGGACAUGACUACAUUAACUAUUAUGCGAUAUUUGCCUAGAGAAGUGGACCCAUUGGUAUAUAAUAUGAGUCAUGAGGAUCCUGGAGAUGUUACUUAUUCCGCUAUUGGUGGUUUAUCUGAACAGAUUAGAGAACUUCGAGAGGUUAUUGAAUUGCCUUUGUUGAAUCCAGAAUUGUUUAUGAGAGUUGGAAUUACUCCACCUAAAGGUUGUUUGUUAUAUGGUCCUCCAGGUACUGGAAAAACUCUACUAGCUAGAGCUGUAGCAUCUCAGUUAGAUGCAAAUUUUCUCAAAGUAGUCUCCAGUGCUAUUGUUGAUAAAUAUAUUGGAGAAUCUGCAAGACUGAUCAGAGAAAUGUUUAACUAUGCUAAAGACCAUCAACCUUGCAUUAUUUUCAUGGAUGAAAUUGAUGCUAUUGGUGGUAGAAGAUUUUCUGAAGGUACUUCAGCUGAUAGAGAAAUCCAAAGGACUCUUAUGGAACUGCUUAACCAGAUGGAUGGUUUUGAUUCAUUAGGACAGGUAAAAAUGAUUAUGGCAACCAACAGACCCGAUACUCUAGAUCCUGCUCUGCUCCGUCCUGGUCGUUUGGACAGAAAAAUCGAAAUACCCCUUCCAAACGAGCAAGCCCGUCUUGAAAUUUUGAAGAUCCAUGCACUCCCAAUCGCUAAACAUGGAGAAAUUGAUUAUGAAGCUAUCGUUAAAUUAUCUGACACAUUUAAUGGAGCCGAUUUAAGAAAUGUGUGCACAGAAGCUGGUCUUUUUGCUAUAAGAGCUGAACGAGAGUAUGUAAUCCAAGAAGACUUUAUGAAAGCUGUGAGAAAGGUAGCCGAUAACAAGAAACUUGAAAGUAAAUUAGAUUAUAAACCUGUAUAAACCCAGUUGUAUCUUUAACAUAGUUUUAAGUUUUUCUUUUGCUACUAUAAAACCAUUUAACAAAAUGUCUGUGUGAAUAAAAAGGUAUUUUGUAAC